UUAAACCCAGAAGUCACCCUCUGUAACAGCAAGAGGUUCAAAGAAACAAUGAAGUCUCUCCAGUUCCUUAGUGCUGAAGCAUUCGUGUCCGAUGCAGAGUUUGCAAGGAAGAAUCUUGGCAGUGUUGCUCAUAAUCUUUUUCCUCUUCUUUUUAAAGCCAGCUAUUUACUGGAGCGAAAGGAAGUGAUUCAUGACUUGGUAGAGACCUGGCCACUUUCUGACUUUAAUAUAGGAAAACUUCUGGGAACUACUGUGGACUACCAGGAAGAUCUGAGCCAUAGAAGAUGUUCAGAGUGCUUGGAGAGCUGUUUAACAGGGCUGAGAGACUAUGUGCUAAAUCAUCCUUCUCCCUGUGUGAAAAGGUUGAAAGUGGUGGAUCUAACAGGUAUAAAAGACGUUGAAGUUCAGCUUUGUGAAUGUAAGAAGACAAUGGGGAGGUGGGCCAGGACAAAGCUGGUCUCAAAGCUUUGUCUAGAAGUGCUGGUCCACCUGCAACAAAUGCAAUGCAAGCCAUGUACCUUUGAAAUCAGUAUUGAUCUGCUAAUAGACUUGUUUGUUACAGAACGUAACUAUGAGCUGGUAGUGCAGGCCCUGCUGCAGAAGCGUUAUUGUCCUCUGAAGAUCUGCUGUGUGGCAUUUAGAGCUGACAACCUGGCUUUGCAGAAAUUCUUCUAUAUCAUAAAGCUCGCUGAUCCCUCUUCGUUGCGCAAACUGGAAGUAGUUCACAAUGUUCGCUUGGAAAUGGAACACUUGGAAAUACUCUUCAACAGUAUUCACUUCCCUCUACUGAUGUCUUUGACCUUGCCAGCUCGAACAUUUAAUGUGCGGAGGUUCACAGCUGCAGAUGAACUGAUGCUUACUACCAUUGGAGAAAAAAUGGGUGAAAUGACGCAACUGACUGAGCUCAGUCUGGCAUUUUCUAUACUCACAGGAAGAAUACAGAAACUGCUCAGCCCACUAAAAACUCCACUGAAGAUGCUGGAUGUUUCUAACUGUUCAUUGAACCAUGAUGAUAUGGUCUAUUUGGCCAACAGCAUCCAUUCUUAUCACUUGGAAGCACUGGACCUGAGUGGGCACUAUAUUCCUGAACUUUAUCCAUCAACAUUCUUUAAGCUUCUUAGCCAUUCCUCUCCAGUUCUUAGGAGUCUUAUCUUGGAGGACUGUAACAUCCAGGACACUCAUGUCAACAUGUUGAUUGUAGCAUUAAGCUCUUGUCAGAAACUGCAGGAGUUUAAGUUUCUUGGAAAUCCAUUGUCAUCCCAAGCACUAAAACACCUUUUCACAUUUCUCUGUGAGCUGCCAGAGCUGAAAAAUGUGGAGUUUCCAGUUCCAAAGGACUGUUACCCUCUUGACAUCACCUACCCAAUUGAUGAUGCCCGUCUCUGCAAAUUUGAUCAUCAAAAAUAUGACAGUAUAGCAGAGGAGCUUAAAUUCAUUUUACUCCAAGCAAAUCGGGAGGAUGUGAAAGCUUCAACUCCGCUCUUUGGCAGUUAUGAUGCAGCUGUUCAGGAGACAAAUGAUGAACUGGGAGCUUAUUUGAUCAAGUCCUUCAAAGAGACUUUAGAAAAAUUAACUACUUCUCUUAGCAAAAUGAGUUAAAUGUGUAACAUAUUUGUGAUAAUUUGGCCUGCCAAAUCAGAAGCUAGUUUAUUCUUUUCUAGUACAGCGUCCAUCAUUGAUCAGUCUUGAGUUUUCUUUAGUUUCAGGGCUGAAUUUACUGUUGUUUUUUGUAGCUUAUGAUCAUCAGAGGUUUUUUAACUAUUCUACUGCAUACCAUUUAUGUAAAUAUAGUUUGUUCUCAAAAGAGGGAAAAACCCUCAAUAGAUUAUUAUUUUACACAAAAAAGCAUUUUGUUUCUUAGUAAAACAAGGUGUCUGCAAUUGGCUACUUUCUUCUACAGUUUUCUCCAGAUUUGGGAAUGAGGCUUGUAACUAAAUAGAAAAGACAGGAAAGUCUUUUCCCAAGUCUAGCAGGAUCCCUCAAUGACUGUGUAUAUUCUUCUGCUGGGGGCCCAGCCCUGGAUGCUUGAGACUUGGGCCUCACAGGAGCUGAGUAGAGAGGGACAAUCACCUCCCUCUCCCUACUCGCCACUCUUUUUUUAAUGCAGACCAGGUGGAAAAAGGGUCUGACCACUUGGGAAUAAUAUAGGAAUGUUGUCAUGGCCUGCAGGGAUGUGAUGAGGAAAGCUAAAGCCACCUGGAAUUGAAUCUGCCUAAAGUGAUAACGGAUAAUAAAAAAGGCUUUUUAAAGUAAGUUAACAGCAAAAGGAAGACUAGGGAGAACGAGGGUCCCCUACUAAGUGAGGGGGGUGUUCUUGUAACAGGGGGAUGCUGAGAAGGCAGAGUUACUGAAUACCUCCUUUGCUUCUGUCUUCAGUGGAAAAGCUCUCCCUCAGGAAUCCCAGAUACCAGAGGUUAGUGAGAGGGUCUGGGGAAUGGGAGACUUCCCUUUAGUCAAGGAAGUGGUGGUCUGUGAGUGCCUAGGCAACACCAAUGUUCAUAAAUCCAUGGAACCCAAUGGGGUACAUCCAUGGGUGCUGAGGGAGCUGGCAGAGGUGAUUGCUGAACUGCUCUCCAUCAUCUUUGAGAGGUCUUGGAGAAUGGGAGAGAUCCCUGAAGACUGUAGGAUAGCCAGUGUCACUCUGGUCUUCAAAAAGGGCAAGAAGGAAGAUCUGGGUAAUAACAGGCCAGUCAGCCUCACCUCUGUCCCUGCAAAGGUG